AUGAUAAAAAGAAAAGGGAUGGAACACAGAGAAAGGAGAAAAAAAAAAGAAAAAAGAAAAAAAAAAAAGGAGGAAAUGCGAAGAAAAAAAAGCAAACGGAAAAAAGAAAAAAGAGGAAGAUGGAAAAGGAGGAAAAGGGUAAGAAAGAGAAAUAAAAAAAAAAAAAAAAAAUAA